AUGCCUCCGGAACACGAUCCAAGACAGAGGACUGACAGACUGCCAGCCAUAUCUCAGUGCCAACACUGCCGUGGUCAGCGUAAAGCUCGCAGCCAGCAUGUGAACUGCCAAUGUGGCGCAGCCAACGCCCACGACAAGGACAACUGCCCACACGGCGAUGGUAACAGCGACAGCUGCUGCUGUUCACACACGUCUAAAUGUACUUGCGCGAUCAAGCGCGACAAGACCGCUCAGGUUGUGCCGGAAGAUGGCAACCAGGUCCUUCAUCCCAAGGACUCGCCUAAGCCGUUAGCCCACAUCAAGAACUGUCACGAUAAUAAACCUAUGGUUUUCACCGGCAAUGGACACCACAAGCCUGCGCAUAAAUUCAAUGAUGCCCACCAUCAACUAGGAUCGCCGUACAAAAUUCCCUCGCGCGCAAACACUGUACACCACCACGGACAUCUUGCUCAGCGAUCUACGGACAGUCUACCUCUUAGCAAAUUCGCCAGACCACACCAUGAAUCACCACUGCACCACUCUAUUACUCCACGGCAAAUAAAGAGCGAACACAACUCUCCACAAGUAGGACCGACAUUCAUUCCCACCAGUAUCCCCAACGAUUUCAGAUUGCCAGAAUACGACCCGAAUGCUUACUCGUACUCACCGUUCACCGCAAGUACACCGGGCACGCAGGGUAAUAGUCGCGACGAGCUCUCAAUCGAGGAGCAGUUUCCUGACGCUUUUCCCAUCCGGUUUUCACAACCCGAGGAAUCACAAGCUCCCCAGAAUGUGGAUUGGUCAAGUUAUGACUUUCCUGGUUUUGGCGCGAAUGAUAGCAUGCUCAUGAACAAUCCGGGCUGGGCCAGCCAGGCUAUGCCCGUGGCCUCUGAGCAAUUCGGCAAUUUGAACCUCGGUGUCACUCCCUCUAGCGGCGACGUCACGGAUGUGGACGAGUUCGGAUUUAGCAGACCAAAUCAACCUCAAUCGAUGAGUGGUGAUGGCUCGACUGGGGUCAGCAGUCCUGGCGAUGGUCAGCUGGAUACAUAUCGGCUGAGUGUGGAAGGCACUCCCCAAUCCAACAUCCUAGCUAGUGACAAUCUCAACAGCCUGGAUAUUGAUGACUAUCUUCGACAAGCGCAAGAAGAGACCAAGCGCAUGGCGAUGCAGAAUCAGAUACGCCAGCCCCCGGCGACGACACGACCUCAAUUGUCGCCUGAAUCAUCACAAAGUGCUUUUAGCCCAGAGCAGGUCCUGCCGGGACCCACUUUCAACAGCAUGCACCCUUACACUGUGCACGAGGCGCAACAGCGAGCACAUUCUGCAGAUACUGGACCGCAAUCUACUUCAAAGCAUUCAAGCACGGUGCCAGCAACAUCGUUGGCGGAAGAUCCAUCUUGGUCGGCGGCGCCUGAGAUCAACCCUACUUUGCUUCUGGACGACGCUCAAGAGGAUGAGGACUGGAUCCGGUAG